AUGCGGUUCAACUCCCUGGGCCUUCCGCUGGAAUACUGCUCUGCAGAGUACCGGCAUCAAAUACGUGAAAUGCCGGCUCAACCAGCAUCUACCACAACCAAUCCCCCCACUCCGUUAUGGACUCCGCAAAACCCAGAGGCGACACCUGUGUCCAGAUACCGCGAGCGCAUCAAUGCAAAGUUCUCGAAAAGCCUGAAAGACUCCCAUGAACUUCACGAAUGGACUGUACGAAAUCCCCAUGAGUUCUGGAUCGACUUGUAUGACUAUUCUGGCAUCGUGCCCACCCUACCGAAGCACACAAGGCUUGCAUACAACCCCAAUCUGCGACUCAGCGACAUUCCCACCUUCUUUCCCGGACUGAAAAUUAACUACGCGGAGAAUGUACUUGUUGCAAACACACAAGCCCGGCCUUCCGCUGUCGCCUUGGUUGGUCUGAGGGAGAGAGGUCUCGAUCAUCCAGAGAACAUUACCUGGUCCGAAUUGACCGAGUUGGUUCGCAUGGCCAGAUCCGCACUGGUUCGUCAUGGUAUCAAGCAGAACGAUGUCGUGGCCGCACUCAUGGCCAACUCUGUCUGGAUCAUUGUCCUUUUCCUUGCCUCGGCCUCCAUGGGAGCUAUAUUCACAUCGGUGUCGCCGGACAUGGGGGUAGCAGGCUGUGUCAGCCGUUUCGCCCAGGUCUCUCCCAAAGUCCUCUUUGCUGAUGUCGACCUGGCCGUCAGGGGAGUGCGGCCGUCACUGAUGGGGAAAGUGAUGCAGAUCCUGCGAUCACUCCCGUCGGAAACAUCAAAGCCCAUGGUUGUGUUUGUGCCGACGUGCCAUCGGCCACACCUGCGACAACAUCUGGACUAUGUCAAGCCAUUGGGGAUCUCAUUACAUACUUUCCUGCUCAAAUCAAGACCGACCGACCACUUGACCUACACGCGUGUACCGACUGACCAUCCGCUAAUCAUCGUUUAUUCAUCCGGCACGACCGGCGAGCCCAAAUGCAUCGUGUCGCCACAUAUCUCGAUCCUAAACUACAAGAAGGUCGCCCUGCUUCACAACUCUCUAGGUCCGCAUAGCACCGUCUUUCAAUACUCUUCCACCUCAUGGAUCCUGUGGAACGUGAUGAACGGCCAUUUGUCAGUCGGCGCCAACAUCAUCUGCUACGACGGCGGAGCGCUGUACCCAGAUCCUUCGACGCUUCUGAGCAUCUGUGACAAGUUCAAAGUCACCUACUGGGGCACAUCGCCACGAUAUCUUCUGGAACUCGAACAAUCAGGCAUCAAGCCAUCAUCUUUCGACCUGUCCAAUUUGACUCUAGUCACGACAACCGGAGCCACCCUCACAGGCGAGCAAUUUCGAUGGUUCUACUCCGCCUUCCCACGUCGGAUUCACUUGUCCUCAGUCGCAGGCGGCACGGAAAUUGCCUCGUCCUGGAUCGCCACCGACCCAGCAGGACCAGUCUACGCCAACGAGAUGCAGAUGUGGGCGCUCGGCCACCACUGCGACAUUCUCGACCCGGACACAGGCGAAUCCAUCGCCAUGACGGGCCAACCGGGCGAACUGGUCUGUCGAGCGCCGUUUCCCAGCAUGCCAUGUAAAUUCUGGGGCGAUGACGAGAACCACAGCAAAUACCGCGCGGCGUACUUUGAGAAAUUCGAGACUCCCACAGGCUACCUCGACGUAUGGGCACAACACGACUUCAUCGUCAUGAACCCAGCCACACGCGGCGUACAAAUCCUAGGCCGCAGCGACGGCGUCCUCAAUCCCUCCGGAAUCCGCUUCGGCAGCAGCGAAAUCUACAAUAUCGUCGAAGGCCCCCAAUUCAAUAGUGUCCUCGCCGACACAUUGUGCGUCGGUCGUCGUCGCGCCCAGGAUAAAGAUGAGACGGUUUUCCUGUUUGUCGUCAUGGCGCCCGGUCAUGAGGACGAGUUUAAUGACGCCCUUGCCACACGUAUCAAAACUGCUAUCCGAGACGGCCUUUCACCACGCCACGUGCCGAAAUUUGUUCUUCCUGUCCGCGAUAUCCCGUACACAGUCAAUGGCAAGAAAGUUGAGAUUGCGGUCAAGAAGAUUAUUAGCGGGAAUGAUGUUAAGGUUAGUAGUACGCUUAGGAACCCGGAGUGUUUGAGGGAGUAUGAGCGGUUUCGUGAUUUGGAGAGAGUGCCUAGAAGGGAGAGGUUGUAG